ACAAAGCAUUUGUGGUUGAUCCAGAGGGAGUCUGCCUACUUCCCACAAGGAGAUCCCCAGAAGCAGCCCCACUGUGACUGCAGGGCACCACCCUAAGAGGUGCCCAUGACAGUGCUGCAGACACACCAACACCACUCCCUCCUCUGCUUGGUCUUUCAAGACUACACAGAAUGUGUUUCUGACUCACCUGCUCUUUCUCCCCAGAAAAAUGACAAAAAAAAUGUGUAAGUGGUUUUCAAAGUGUUGUCCUGGAUCAGCAGCAUCUGCCUCACAUGGGAAUUUGUUCAAAAAGCAAAAUUUUGGACCCCACUCCAACUCUACUGAAUGAGACAUUCUGGGGAUGGAGACCAGCAGUCUAUGUUUCAAAAAGUUCUCCAGGUUAUUCCGAGGCAUUAUUUUAAAUUUACCAUGUACUUUCAAAAAUGGAUAUGCUGGAAAAAAACCUAUGAAUAAUUUCAAAUAAUUAAAUAAAACAGAAAAUGACAGUGCUGGGGAUCAAGCCCAGGAUCUUCCUGUGGCAGGAAAAUAAAAAAUAUUUCAGACGCAGUGAACUUGUGAAAAAAGAGGAGGAGGCAUAUUUUGAAAGAUGUGGCUACAAGCCUAUAAGUGAGAAGCCAUCUGGAGAGAUACAGCCAAAAGAGGAGGACCAGAAACCACUAACUUCAUCAAAUCCAGUAUUAGAACUUGAAUUGGCAGAGGAAAAAUUACCCAUGACUCUUUCUAGGCAAGAGGUUAUCAGAAGGUUAAGAGAAAGAGGAGAACCAAUUAGACUAUUUGGAGAAACUGAUUAUGAUGCUUUUCAACGUUUAAGAAAAAUAGAGAUCCUCACACCAGAAGUUAAUAAGGGCUUGAGAAAUGAUCUGAAAGCAGCUUUGGAUAAGAUUGAUCAACAGUACCUCAAUGAAAUUGUGGGUGGUCAAGAACCUGGAGAGGAAGAUACACAAAAUGAUCUGAAAGUUCAUGAAGAAAACACAACAAUUGAAGAGUUAGAGACACUGGGGGAGUCUUUAGGGAAAGGCGAUGAUCAUAAGGACAUGGACAUCAUCACCAAGUUCCUGAAAUUUCUUCUUGGUGUUUGGGCUAAGGAAUUGAAUGCCAGAGAAGAUUAUGUGAAACGCAGUGUGCAGGGUAAACUGAACAGUGCUACUCAGAAGCAGACUGAGUCCUAUCUCAGACCACUUUUCAGAAAGCUCCGGAAAAGGAAUCUUCCUGCUGACAUUAAAGAAUCGAUAACAGAUAUUAUUAAAUUCAUGUUGCAGAGGGAAUAUGUAAAGGCAAAUGAUGCUUACCUUCAGAUGGCCAUUGGAAAUGCUCCCUGGCCUAUUGGUGUCACUAUGGUUGGUAUCCAUGCCAGAACUGGCAGGGAAAAGAUUUUUUCUAAGCAUGUUGCACAUGUUUUAAAUGACGAAACUCAGCGGAAAUAUAUUCAGGGAUUGAAGAGGUUAAUGACUAUUUGCCAGAAACACUUUCCUACAGAUCCAUCAAAAUGUGUGGAGUACAAUGCACUGUGAGACCUAUGUUCGAUAUGUAAAUAACAGUGAGAAACUUAAGGAAGCAGGGUAUGGACUCCUGGCAUCACCAGCAAGAUUGAAGGAAGAAGAAAACUGGAGUUUCUGGUCUCUGAGUUUACCUGAUACAAUUCGUGAUCAGUUUUAAGAACUGUGUUGGCUUUCAUAUCAUGUCUGACUGCAAACUGAUUUUUCUGUCUUGUUUUUAUUUUUAAAAGGUGAAAAAUUAGCUGGGCAUGGUGGUGCACUCCAGUAAUCCCACUGCUGUGGGAGGCUGAGGCAGGAGGAUUGCAAGUUCAAAGGUAGCCUCAGCAACUUAGGGAGGCCCUAAGCAACUUAGUGAGACCCUGUCUCAAAAUAAAAAAUAAAAAGGGCUGGGGACGUGGCUCUGUAUUUAAGUGCUGCUGGGUUAAAUUACCAGCACCACCCCCCCCCAAAAAAAAAGUUGAAAAAUUGAAUUCUAUAAAGUUUUCCCCAUCAUUUAAAUGCAUAGGCAGCAGUGACAUAAGGGGUUUAAAAACUACCUUUUCCCACUAGACCUGAAAAUUGUAGUUAGAUAAUUUAAAAAAAAGAAUUGAGGAUGGACUUAACUUUCUGUAUAAUAUGAUAAUUUGCACAUUAUCUUUUAUGUAUGUCACAGAAAAUAUUUUAUAUAUUUCAUUAAAAAUAUUAGACCAUUCAAUGAACUGUUAAAGGUUUCUGAACUUUUGUCAUCUUGCAAUAGAAUGUGAAUGUAAAUGUUCUGUUAACUAAAGUGUUAUUUUUCUUGUGUUUCAAAGCUUGCUUUUAUUUUCUAAGGAGUGCACUUUUGUCAUUUCUCAGUGCAGCUAGAAUUAAUAGGAAGUAUGAGUUAAAAAAACAUUGGUAAUAGAUCUUACUGACCUAAGUUCUAAGAAGGCAUUGCCCAUGAGCCAAGGUUCAGGGUGAGGGGAAACAGAUAGCGAAGCCAGCCGAGAGUUGGACUGUGUUCCCAGCUGUGCCCAGCCAAACAGGAAGAAGGUGCCAGAACUGAACUCACUGCCUUAGCUUUGGUCUUCUACAAAGUGAGGACUUGUUCUGGGUCUUGCACAGUAUUAUACUUUCAUCAUUGCAACUGAUCAUCUGCUUUAGAGUUUAGAGUACCAAGUUAAUGAAAUAAUGUGAGUAAAUAGAACGUUACAUAACGGGUGAAAUGGAUACUGGAUAAUGUAAGAAUGGGAGUCCCCAAAGUCAGAGCUUCCCAGAAUCUCAGCUCUGCCUACUAAUAGUAUGACUUUGGUUAAGUGACUUAAUCUUGCUAAGCCUCAGCUUCCUUAGCUUACAGUGAUGGUAAUAAUAGUACAUAAUUCAUUUUCAUUAUUAUUGUGUUAAAGCAAAAUAAAAUGCUUAGAAUACUGCCUGGCAAAUGGAUAAGAGCUCAGUAAAUAUUAGCUGUUGUGUCAUUAUUAUUGUUAUUAUUAUUAUGUUGUUAUUAGAGGGCAGCUUGAGUACCUUCACAAACUGUGUGGUUAGGGGCUCUGUGUACUCAUGUCAUAGUAAUAAUGUCAGUGUUAACAAUAGCAGCAGUAAUAAUGGAGCCAUUAAGUUUUUUCCUGUGUCUGGGCUCCAUGACUGAUUUUCAGCCAGUUCUGAAUUUAAAAUCAGAGGAUGAAUUCUAGAGGCCACUGGGUUGAUGUUAGAUUCAUAUCACUUAUUCUGGCCCGCUCUUGAGAAAGAUUGAAAGUUGUUUUUGGCCCAUUGUGGUCCAUGGCUGUGCCUAGACAGGAUUGUUUCUGCUGGUUAGUUGCCUGGUGGUGGUUAAGUCUGCUGUCCUGAGUCAGGGCUGUUCACCACUGGCCCCCGCCCCUUACCUUUGGAAGCCUUUUCUUAUGAUUAAAUUAGAUAGAUCAUAUGGGAACUUAAUAGCAUAAGUGAGAAACAGACUUCUAUGAGAAGGUUUCAACAUGUGGUCUUGUUGAAUAAGGACUUACUUAAAAAUAUUGUUGAAUGAAUACUGCUUAAAUUAUUUUUUCUUCAUUCACAGUUAGGCAAUAGCUUGGUAGUCAGUUAAUUUCAUGUUGUUUUCCUUUUUCAGUGUGGGAGUUUGGGAAAAAAAGGUAACAUUCUACAGGUUGUGACUUAACCAUUUUGAAUAUGGUGGAAGACAUUUCAGGGUGCUGUCACUGCCCAGCAACAAGAAAGAAGAUCCUACUGCAAAUGGUUGGCCUGGAAAAAGAUCCAAAUUCAGAUUCAAAUUAUGGUUUCUACUGAAUGCUUAUUGUUUUUACAACUGGUAAAAUUGAAAAACUGUUCAGUCAAACCAUUAUAAGUCAGGGACCAUCUGUAUUGAGUUUCCUUAGGAGUGUCACUGUCACUGAAGACAACAGUAUUUUUCAGCACUGGAACAGAGAGACUUCAGAAAUCUGGAAUUCAUAGAUAUAAUUUCAGUCUUGGGGGGAAAUUAGGAAAGUAAAACAGGCCAAAGAAUUGACACAGAGGGAGAGACACAGGAUAGUCUGGAUCUUGUAGGAAGGAAGGAAAGGCCCUGAGAGACCUGAGUGAAGCAAGCAGUUGUCACUAAUAACAGAACUUUUUGUUGUGGGCCCUGAAUGCUCAGGGAGAACCUGGAGGACUGGGAAAUAAGAUCGAUAGCUGUAUGACUCUGGUGUCAAGCUCAUCCUUCUGUUGAUUUCCUGAUGUACUCCAGUACCUGAAGCACUCUGGGGUUUGAUCUCAGUGAGUAACUUAGAAAUUCAACUGUCUUUUUUGUUGUUGUUGGAGACAAAGGAAACUGCUUGGAAAAGAUUUAAAAAAAGUGUUUCAGGGUCUUUGGUAGGGUUGAAUUUGGCGAUUCAUGUCACUGGCUCUUUUCCGGCCACACAGUGUUCCCAUUAGUGCUCCUUACCACAGAAGAGUAGUAGUGCUAAGUGGGACUGUUUGAAUGAAGGAGUUGAGUUUAAGUUUCUUUUGUCUGAAUAUCUCCAGGAGCACAACUUAAUGGAUUGUGCUUCCUCCCUGCCCCAGUAUACUCCCAUGAAGUCCAGAAAGCAUAACUUUAUCCCAUAGAAAUUUCUGGUAUGGUAUCAUAUUGGGAGUCUUGAGCCGAAAAACACUUUCUCACAGCAUAUUGAUAUAAGAGUUUCCAGCUGUCCAGUGAGCCAGAGCCAACACUGGUCCCCAGGGAGUCACUAUGGGAACACUGUUAUGGCAACUGGUUUUCAUCAUAGACUGCAGUUCCAUUGGCUGAAUUAUAACCACAUGCUAGUACUUUAAUGGUUAACAGUAACCUUAAAAUCCUUUGAAAUUUAAAAAUAAGUUCUGGUGAUGUGGAAUAACUAGGGGAUGCACUGUGUCUGGCAGCAGCAGCUGUGGUAUGAGCUGGCCCCACUCAAGAUUUUGGAACCAUGCCCAUUUAAAAAAAAAUGUUUUUUACAUCAGCCAAAGUCAUUUAUUAUGAAAUCAUUGACUAUUUAUUUUUCCCCAUUAUAAACCAGAGUACUUUAUACAACAUGCUUAAAUUAAUCCUUGCAUUGCUGAUAUUGGUAACUGUGUAUAACUAGGCCACUUCCUUUUGUUUAGUUUCUUGCCUAUCCUUAAGUACUAACUUUGAAAUAAUUGUCAGACUUGUCAACUUUUUCUCACAGCAUUUGACCUUAACAUAUAACUUCACCAUGGACAGUAGCUCAGAAGUUUUUUGAGUCUUCUGGUGAGCUCAGAUUCGCUCACCGAGCGUCUUGUGUCAUUGUCGAGUCAUUCCCACAGUCUGCCCUCCUGUCCUUUUUGAACUCCAGUUUUGCACCCUGCCAAAAUCAAAUCCCCUUUGCCCUCAAACUAUGCUUCCUUUAAGACUUAGGAAACAUUAUGAGCCAUGAAUGUUGCAGUCUGAGCCUGGAUUGAACUUUCUGUCCUCCUGUGACACAGGGGAGUUAGAGUUGUAGCUCUAGAGAUUUUUUUGACCAUAGCUCCCAGCAGUCAGUAGUGAUGGAGGCAUAGUAUCCUGUACACACCUACAUACGUAACUCAGACAAAAGCACUUUCCACCAUGUGUGAGGCAUUCUUGUACUUUUCUAUUCCAUUGUUUCUUAAAAAAAAAAAAAUGCUGUUUGUAAACCUCUAAAUCAGUUUACAACCUUUUAAUGCAUCAUGACCACCAGUUUGAAAACCACUGAUUAAGAGGAAGUAUCAGCAAAGUUAAGGAAGGAAAUUACUUGUUAGAUGAAUAUAGGUAAAAAUAAAAAGGACUCUUUUUUAAAAAAUAAAAGGAUUCUUUUUUAACUUUUUAGUAUAGAAAUAACACUUUGCUCUUAAGGCUAGUGUGAAAUUUAGCAGAUGAUAAAACCUUGAGUACUCUAAAUACUAAGAACUUCUGAAGCAGUAAUUCUUAAGUCUAAAUUGAGAAGACUUGUCCAUAGAAUAACAAAGGCAGUUCAUAAGCCAUCUGUGGGGGAUAGACAGCAUAGGUGAGCUGUACACUGUUGGGUAAAGCAGGAUUAAACAAAAUGUAAAUAAAGUGGUGGCCAGUUAAAGUGUAAGACGACUGAGGUGGAGAUAGAUACAGGGAAUCUAGCAUGAUUCCUUUUGAGAGGAAAGUGGUUUGUUCAUCCCUUUAAAAUUAUUUCCCAAGCUGAGCAUGGUGGCACUGGAAUCCCAGUGGCUCAGGAGGCUUGAGAAUCCCAAGUUCAAAGCCAGCCUCAGCAAUUUAGUUAAACUGUUUCAAAAUAAAACAUAAAAAUGGCUGGGGAUGUGGCUCAGGGGAUAAGCACCCGGUCUCAAUCCUUGAUUCUAAAUAAAUAGAUAGAUAGAUAGAUAAAUAGAUAAAAAUAAUCCCAAAACCUAGGUAGCACUAGAUUACAUUUCUUUUUUUAAUUAAUUUUUUAUUUAUAUAUGACAGUGGAAUGCAUUACAAUUCAUAUUACACAUAUAGAGCACAAAUUUUUCAUCUCUCUGUAUACAAAGUAUAUUUACACCAAUUCGUGUCUUCUUGCAUGUACUUUGGGUAUGAUGUCCAUCACAUUUCACCAUCAUUUCUAACCCCAUGCCACCUCCCUUCCUCUCCCACCCCUCUGUCCUAUCUAGAAUUUGUCUAUUCCUCCCACGCUCCCUCUCCCUACCCCACUAUGAAUCAGCCUCCUUAUAUCAGAGAAAACAUUUGGCAUUUGUUUUUUUUGGAUUAGCUCACUUUACUUAGCAUUAUCUUCUUCGACUCUAUCCAUUUACCUGCAAAUGCCAUGAUUUCAUUCUCUUUAAUUGCUGAGUAAUAUUCCAUUGUGUAUAUAUGCCACAUUUUUUUAAUCCAUUCAUCUGUUGAAGGGCAUCUAGGUUGUUCCACAGUUUAGCUAUUGUAAAUUGUACUGCUAUAAACAUUGAUGUGUCUGUGCCUCUGAAUUAUGCUCUUUUAAGUCCUUUAGAUAGACUGAGGAGAGGGAUAACUGAAUCAAAUGUGGUUCCAGUCCCGGUUUUCCAAGGAAUCUCCAUACUGCUUUCCAUAUUGGCUGCACCAAUUUGCAGUCCCACCAGCAGUGUAUGAGUGUACCUUUUCUCCCACAUCCUCACCAGCACUUAUUGUUGUUUGUAUGCAUAACAGCUGCCAUUCUGACUGGAGUGAGAGUUUUGACUUGCAUUUCUCUAAUUGCUAGUGAUGAUGAACAUUUUUUCAUAUAUUUAUUGAUUGAUUGUAUAUUGUCUUCUGAGAAGUGUCUGUUCAUGUCCUUGGCCAUUUAUUGAUUGGGUUAUUUGUUUUUUUGGUGUUUAGCUUUUUGAGUUCUUUAUAUACCCUAGAGAUUAGUGCUCUAUCUGAUGUGUAAGGAGUAAAAAUUUGCUCCCAAGAUGUAGACUCUCUAUUCACCUCACAGAUUGUUUCUUUUGCUGAGAAGAAACUUUUUAGUUUGAAUCCAUCCAUUUAUUGAUUCUUGAUUUUAAUUCUUGUGCUAUAGGAAGUUGGGUCUAAUCGCACAUGAUGGAGAUUAGGGCCUACUUUUUCUUCUGUUAGAUGCAGGGUCAAAUGAAUGAAUGAAUGAAUGAAUGAAUGAAUAUCCCAAGGCGUAGGUAGCACUAGAUUACAUUUCUUAAUAUAAAUUUUUAAUUCAAUUAUAACAUGUAAGAGUACCAAAGUAAACUGUCAAAGUAACCAGUACCCAAAUGAGAAAAGAUGUUAUCAAAUCCCCAGAAAUCUCUUCUGCCCCUUUCUAAUCAGUCAGCCAUGGACCUGAUUUCUAACAUUUUAAUUUAAAGAUCUUUAUUGCUAUAUAAUUCACAUGCCAUAAUUUUUACCCACUUAACGCAUUCAGUGACUUUUUGGUAAUAUUCACAGAGUUGUAGUACUAUGGUCAUAGUCUUAAGUUUAAAACAUAUUUGUCACAAAGAAAUCUAAUUCCUAUUAGUAGCCACUCACUGGGUAAGUUUUGCCUGUUUUAAAAAUUUGCAUGUUGACUAAAAUUCAAACAAAUUAAUAAAUGGGCAAAAGAACUAUAAACAGACACUUUUUAAAAGAAGAAAUACAAACAACCAACAAGUACAUGAAAAACAUUCAACAUUUCUAGCAAGCAAAAAAUGAAAAUCCAAACUACAUUGAGAUUUCAUCCUGCUUCAGUCAGAAUGGCAAUUAUUGAGAAUAUGAAUAAUAGUAAAUGCCGGUGAGGGUGUGGGGGAAAAGGUACACUCAUACGUUGUUGGCGGCUCUGCAAAUUAAUGCAACUACUCUGGAAAGCAGCACGGAGAGUCCUCAAAAAACUAGGAAUGGAAUCACCAUAUGACUCAGCUGUCCCACUCCUUGACAUUUAUCCUGAGGAGCUAAAAUCAGUGUACUAUAGUGAUAAAGGUACAUCAUUGCUCAUAGCAGUGCAGUUCACAAUGUCCAGGUUAUGGAACCAGCCAAAAUGGCCAUCAGUGGAUGAAUAGAUAAAGAAAAUGUAUGUAUACACAGUAGAGUUUUACUCAGCCGUGAAGAAGAAGAUUACGGCAUUAGCUGGUCUGGAGUGGAACUGGAGAACAUAGUGAAAUAAACCAGACCCAGAAAGUCAAGAGUCAAAUGUUUUCUCUUUUAUGCAAGAGUUGGAACAAAAUAAAUUUAAAAAAGGAGGGAGAAUCCCAUGAAAACACAAGAGAGAUCAGUGGAGUGGAGGAAGAGAAUUGAGGGGAGAGAAGGACUAGAAAAGGGAGAAAUAGUGGAAUGAAAAUGACCAAACUAUCUUAUGUAUAAAUGUGAAUAUAUAUAUCACAGUGAACUCCACUUUCAUGUAUAUCUGUAAUGCACUACUUAAACACAAAACAAAAAACCUCCAAACAGAAGACCAGUACAGAGGAGGAAAGGGAAUAAAGGGAAUGGGCAGGAGGAAGGAAAGGGAACAGGACUGAAUUGGAGCAAAUGAUAUUCCAUGCUGGUAUAAUUAUGUCAAAACAAAACCCAGUAUUAUGUAUAACUAUAAUGUACUAAUGAAAAAAAAAGUUUGUUUGUAAAUGGAAUCAGACUGUAGACUUGAUUUUUUUGUUGUUGUUGUUUAAUUUCUUUGGUUCAGUUCAGGGUUUCUUGAUCUUUAUCCUUGUGUGUAGUUGUGGUUUUCAUUCUCAUUGUGAUAGCUCACAAUUUAUCUGUUCUGUUGAUGGACAUGUGAGUUGUUUCCUUUUAUGCAUGAACAUUUAAACACUUUUUUUUUACAAAUAUAAGUAUUUAUAGAUUAUGUACUAAAGUAUGAAACUUUUGGGGGUAUACAGUAGAAUAUAUUCAGCUAUAGAAGAUAUUGUUAAAGAAUUUUCUAAAGGUCUUAAACCAAUUAACACUCCCAUCAGCAGGAUUUGAGAAUUUGUUAUUCUCCAUCUGGCCACACUUGAUACAUCUGUCAUUUCCAUUUUUAGCCCUUCUGGUGGGUUAUAAUGGUAUCACAUUGUGGAUUUAAUUUGCAUUUUCUUGAUGAUUAAUAAAGUUGAGUACCUUUUUCAUAUUCA